AUGGCAUUCAAGUUCGUCAUCCUUGCCGCGCUCGUUGCUGCCGUCAGUGCCGGCGGACCGGCCGCCUACUCCAUUGCGGCCCCCAGCGCUGACUAUCACUCCGUCGGUGCGUCGCACGAGCACACCGUCAAGGGUCUGUACGGCCAGAACGUCCUGUCGCAGUACUCGAAGGCCGUCGACUCCGCGCACUCGUCGGUCCGCGUGCACAGCUCCCGCCUGAGCAACGAUGGAUUCGCUUACGCACCCGCCGUCAAGUACGCCGCUCCGGCCUACGCUGCUCACUAUGCCGCUCCCGCUGUCCACUACCCGGCCGCUGCUCACUAUGCCGCCCCGGCUGUCCACUAUCCGGCCGCCGCUCACUACGCCGCCCCGGCCGUCCACUACGCUGCCCACGCCCCGAUCGUUAAAGCCGCCUACCCGGCCGCUUACCCGGCGUACCCUGCCGCCUCGCUGGCCUACAAGGCUCCGCUGGCCGCUCCUGUAGCCGCUGUGCACGGUGGAUCGGUGGUGCAGUUCGCUGGACUCGGUGCCAGCUACGCCUGGUAA